UUUGCUUGUUACAUAAUUGAUGAAUCUCUAAAAAUUUGUCGCUCCUUUGGCUUUAAUUUCAACAAUAUUCUAAAAUACUAAGAGUAGCCAGUCCUCAUUGGAAAAUCAUGAACCGCCAUCCACCCAUCGACAAGUCCCAUUGCUUAACCGGAGAGGCAAUGAUCCAGGAUGGCAGGUCCCCUUACACAGUGGAUAGCAUUAUGAAAGAAGCCUCCAACAUCAUAGACUCUCAAAUGGAUCGAAUGAGGAACGACUUGAAAGCUAAAGAGUCCCUUAUUCAAUCCAUGAGAGAGCAGAUUUUUAAAAGACUUCCAGAACCGGAACCGGAACCACAACCAAGCCUAGAGAAGGUGCCUCUGGAAACUGCCAACAAGCGCCUGAAAAAAAAGCUCCAGGAAGUCCUUAAAAUUGAUGAAAAACUGGAGGCCGAGGCAGAAAGAUCCAUCACAGAGAUCAACAUCGAUCUAGAGAAACACAAGCAGGACCUCAAAAAGUUGCAUGAAAGCCAAAUCGAAGACUAUAUGGUGGUCCAGGAGGAAAUCAAGAACAGUUUCUUCAAGGACAUGGACAAGCUGAUGGAGAGAUUCGAUGAGGAAAUGUCUCGUUUUCGAAAGGACAAUGCCCAACUCUUGGCAGACAAUCAAUUGAAGCUUAACAAGGACUCCCAAGGAGUAGCUAGCACACAUCAGCCAUAAAAAUGUUUUAAAUUCUAUUUGUAAAUCUUAAAAAAAAGUUUAAUUUUAA